AUGAAGGGCUCACCAGCAAGGACACUUCUUUCAACCCUCCUCUUCGUCUCAUCUCGUCUGUCACUCGCUCAGCUCACUGUCCCCAGCCAGCUUCCGGGACAAUGGGAGUAUCUAGGAUGCUGGACUGAUGUCCCGGGGAGGACGCUCACCGGCGCGGCCUACGCCGACGGCGCCGACAUGACCAUUGAGGCCUGCAUCUCGUACUGCUCCAACAACGGCUUCCAAUAUGCUGGUACCGAGUACUCGGUCGAGUGCUUCUGCGGCAACUCGCUCGCCGCCGGUGCCACCAAUGUCGCCGAGUCCGAGUGUAACAUGGCCUGCUCGGGCGAUGCCACCCAACCGUGCGGCUCUGGCGGCAAGCUGUCGCUCUUCUACACCAACGAGAUCGUCGGGCCCCAGCCUAACCCCGGCGUCAACGACUUCGUUCACAUCGGCUGCUACACCGAAGGCACGACCGGCCGUGCGCUCACCUAUGUUCCCAGCGGCAUCACUGGCGGCAUGACUGUUGAGAAGUGCACUGCUGCUUGCGCUGCUGCCGGCUACAUUCUUGCUGGUGUUGAGUACGCUAGCGAGUGCUAUUGCGGCAACACCAUCGCCAAUGGUGCCGUCCUAGCCAGCGACGGCUGCACCAUGACCUGCGCUGGCAAUUCCAGCGAAAUUUGCGGUGGCCCUGGCCGUCUCAACAUUUAUAACUAUCAGAACCAGUAUGACCCGAGCGCGACGCCGACUGGCUCCCCUGCUGGCCCGACCGGCACGCCGAGCGGUCCCUCUCAGCCCGAGGCGAUCGGUGAGGAGUGGCUCUGGCACGGCUGCCGCACCGAGGCGACCAGCAUGCGUGCGCUGAGUGCGGCCACCUUUGCCUCGGACGACAUGACCCUCGAGGCUUGCGCCCAGUUCUGCGCCGCUUAUACCUACUUCGGCGUCGAGUAUUCGCGCGAGUGCUACUGCGGCAACAGCUUCAACCCCGGCUCGACCUUGGUCGCCCCCGGCGAGUGCAGCAUGACCUGCAUGGGCGCUUCCUCGCAGUACUGCGGUGCCGGCAACCGUCUGUCCGUCUAUGCUAAGGAGGGCACUCCUCAGCCCAGCGAGACCUUGCCCACCAGCUCGGCGGCGGCCUCGACCUCUGCUGUUCCGGCCCCGACUGGCCUCCCCGAGGGCUGGAGUUACCAGGGCUGCUGGAUCGACGGGGCUAACGGCCGCAUCCUGUCUCACCAGGUUCCCGACAGCACUACCAACAGCCAGACUCAGUGCGCUGCCGCCUGCUUCUCGCUCGGCUACAACAUCUCGGGCACCGAGUACUCUCAGCAGUGCUUCUGCGGCAAUGCCAUUAUCAACGGUGGUGUCCAGACUGACGACGCUGACUGCAAUACCCCUUGCCCGGGCAACCCGUCCCAGACCUGCGGCGCGGGCAACCGCAUGAGCAUCGUCGCCAAUGGGCCCCCGGAGGUCUACCAGCCGCCUGCCCCCCAGAUCGGCGGUCUCGGCGACUGGGAGUACCAGGGCUGCGUUGAGGACAACGUCAACCAGGAGCGCACUUUCUUCUGGCAGCUGUUCUUCCCUGGCGUCAUGACGCCCAAGAUGUGCCUCGACAAGUGCGCCGAGUUCGGCUACAUGGCGGCUGGUAUGGAGUACGGCGAGGAGUGCUACUGCGGUGACCCGGCCAACAUCGACGCCCAUGGCGCCGCCUUCCGGCCCGAGUCCGAGUGCGGCGUUCCUUGCGCCGGCAACGCUUCAGCCAUCUGCGGUGGUCUCAGCCGCCUCACUACCUACUUCUGGGUUGGCGAGCCCUUCUACAGCUGGGACUUCCCUCAGGAUUGGCGCGCCGGUAGGUACGAGUUCCUGGUGGAUGGCCCUACCAUCCCUCUCAUGACCCAGGAGACCAUCACCGGCAAGGUCUCCUUCAUCUCCAAGUUCGGUACCGGCCCCGGCAACGAGACCGGUGUCUACGAGUGGGAUCCCGUCACCAACACCUUCCGCGAGCUCCACGUCAAGACCGACGUCUUCUGCGCCGCCGGUGUCACCCUGCCCGACAAGGCUGGCCGUCAGCUCAACAUCGGUGGCUGGUCCGGCGAUUCUACCUACGGCACGCGCCUCUACUGGCCUGACGGUGCGCCCGGCGUUCCCGGCACUCACGACUGGGAGGAGGAUGUCACUGUGCUCAAGCUCCAGUCUGGCCGCUGGUAUCCUAGCGCCAUGGUUAUGGCCAACGGCUCUAUCAUGGUCAUUGGCGGCUCCAUCGGCUCCAACGAUGCUCAGGUCCCUACCAUCGAGAUUCUGCCCUACACCGGCACUCCCCCGGUCUACAUGGAGUGGCUGGAGCGCACUCACCCCAACAACCUGUACCCGUACGUCGCUGUCCUGCCCGGCGGCGGCAUCUUCGUCCAGUACUGGAACGAGGCCCGCAUCCUCGACCCCGUCACCUUCGACACCAUCAAGACUCUGCCCAACACCCCCGGUGCUGUCAACGACCCGAAGGGCGGUCGCACCUAUCCUCUGGAGGGCGCUGCUGCUCUCCUGCCCCAGCGCUACCCGUACACUGACCCGCUUGGUAUCCUCAUCUGCGGUGGCUCGACCGAGGGUCCCGGCAACGCUCUUGACAACUGCGUCUCGAUCGAGCCCGAGGCUCCCAACCCGGAGUGGAAGAUUGAGCGCAUGCCUUCGUUCCGCGUCCUGACCUGCAUGGCGCCCCUCCCUGACGGCACCUACCUGAUCGUCAACGGUGCCCACCACGGUGUUGCCGGCUUCGGUCUCGCCGAGGACCCCAACCUCAACGCCCUGCUCUAUGACCCGACCAAGCCGCUCGGCCACCGUAUCACUGUCGCCGCCAACACCACCAUCGCCCGCAUGUACCACUCUGAGGCCAUCACCCUCCUCGACGGCCGCGUCCUCAUCUCUGGCUCCAACCCCGAGGACGGCGUCAACCCUGAGGAGUACCGCGUCGAGGUCUUCCUGCCGCCGUACCUGCUCAGCGGCAAGCCGCGCCCUACCUUCACCCUCGAGAACAGGGAUUGGGCCUGGGGCGAGACCAACAUCACCUUCACCCUCGGCGCGCCCGCGCAGAACGGUGACAUCACCGUCACCCUGCUCGGCUCGGUCUCGAGCACCCACGGCAACUCGAUGGGUGCCCGCACUCUCAUGCCGCGCGUCGAGUGCUCCGGCACCUCGUGCGUCGUCGAUGCCCCGCCAAAUGCCAACAUUGCCCCGCCCGGUUGGUACCAGUUCUUCGUGCUGGACGGCGGCAUCCCGGCUGUUGGUGUUUAUGUGCGUAUCGGCGGCGAUCCCGCCGGCCUGGGCAACUGGCCUGAUCACCCCAGCUUCUCGAAGCCUGGUAUCUAA